AUGCUUGUCGGAACGUAUGACGGCUGCAAAUUUACUGAAGAUCAGCAACAUAAGCUUCAGAGACAACUUGCCGAUAAAAUUACAAACUAUGCUUCCAUCGAUGAGAUUCGUAUGCUGCUUGUGUGCGGAGCACAGCCAAAUCAACCAGUUACACGUGGAUUGACUCCUCUUCAUUACGCGUGCUUCAUCAAUUAUUUUGCUGCUGCUAAACUUUUACUCAACAGAGGAGCUAAGGUUGACGCCGUUGAUGAAGUCGGCUGUUCAGCUUUGCAUCUUUGCGCUGAACAUGGACACUAUCGAAUGAUAAAGCUCUUAUUACAAUAUAUGGAAGCUGUACAACAGUAUGAAACUCCAGUUGUCGUUGAGAACGGAAAAUACCCCAGCAGAGACAACGUAGAUGAGCCUCUUCGUUUGGCAAUAAAGAACGGUCACUUUGAUUGUGCCCGUCUUUUGUUGGAGAACGGAGCAACACCUAACGCUGUUUACUUUGAUGGCCCUGAAAUCACACAUGUCAGCCCAUUGGAUACACAUUUCAUUGAGCUUCUGUUGGAUCAUGGCGCUGAUCCAAACGUUUUCGAUCGCAAAGGAAUGACCCCAAUCAUGAGAGCUUGCCGUAUGAAAGAUAAAGGAAUUGAUGCCAUCAGAUUGUAUCUAAGAUAUGGAGCUAAUGUGAACGCAGAAGCUGAAGAAAGACAGGAUAAGAGAACAGCCUUGCAUUUCGCUGUAUUGAGUGGAAGCAUUCCUUUGGUUAAAUUCCUUUUGGAGAAUGGAGCCAAUGUUAACGUUCGCAAAGAAUAUGACAAGCCUUCAGUUCUUGAUAUUGCUGUAUUGAAAGACGAUCCAGAGCUAUUGAAAGUCAUCUUGGAUGCUGGAGUUGAGGUUAAUGCUGUACACACAUACAUUGGCUCAUCCCUUCAUUUAGCUGCUUGUUCAUUUCUGAACAAUCAAUUUGAAAUUAUGAAAAUGCUUUUGGAUCGAGGUGCUGACGUGAAUAUGCAACAUCAGUUUGCAGAUGGAUCUUCACUCAAAAGUCCCUUUGUGGAAUAUUUCAAAUCACGUGAUCGCGUUGAACCCAAAAUCAUCAAUCUGUUUUUAUCUUAUGGUGGACGAGUCAUCAUGAAGUCUCCGAUUCACGAUAAUCGCGGUCAAUUAAGAAAUGUCCUGAGACUUGCUGCUACACGUGAUCAACCAGAGCUAUUGGAUAGUAUGCUGAGCUUGGCUGAAUGUUUCGAUAGAGCAGCCAUAGAUCGUUUGCCAUUACCAAUGGCCUUAAAAGACGAUAUAAUUCAAACAUCAAAGAAUACGCCUAGCUUACAACAAGCUUGCCGAUUUGCUUUACGUCAACAGUUGAAGCCAUUAACACCAAGCCGCGUUCAAAGCUUACCAAUCUCUAAUCAGAUGAAGCUUUACGUUAUGGGACUUAUUUGA